AUGCGAACGCACACAGGAGAAAAGCCUUUUGUCUGCACAUCUUGUGGUAAACGAUUCGCGCUGAAGGGAAGUUUAAUGAGACAUGCAAAAAUACACACCGGAGAAAAGCCUUUUUCUUGCUCAGUUUGUCAGAAACGAUUCUCUCACAAAGCAUAUCUAAACUAUCACACUAAAACACACACGGGAGAAAAGCCUUUUGACUGCACAACUUGUGGUAAAAGAUUCACCGAAAAGAAACGUUUGAAAGAACACACACGUAUACACACUGGAGAGAAGCCUUUUGACUGCUCAAUUUGCGAUAAAUCUUUCUCUGUAAAAAAUCUUUUAAAAAGACACAUGCGAACGCACACAGGAGAAAAGCCUUUUGUCUGCACAUCUUGUGGUAAAAGAUUCUCUCAGAAGGGAAGUUUAAACACACACACAAUGACACACACCGGAGAAAAGCCUUUUCCCUGCUCAGUUUGUCAUAGACGAUUCUCUCGGAAAUCACAUUUAAACUAUCACACUAAAACACACAAGAGCUGA